GCAACACAGGGCCCUCUCCCACACACUGUGGCUCACUUCUGGAGAAUGGUGUGGGAGAACAGAUGUGACAUCAUCAUCAUGGCUUCUGAUUGGACGGAGGACGGAGUAGAGAGGAGUGCCCGCUACAUACCCAGAGAAGAAGGUGAUAGUAUCAGCUUCAGCUGGUGUAAAGUAACUCUCAAAGAGAGCCUCACAUUCAAGGACUACGUGUACUCUAUUGUCAUUCUGAGAGACUCUGAGACUAAGACGUGGCGCCAAUUGAGGCACUAUCGCAUCACCUGCUGGCCGAUGAAAGGCUUUCCCGCCAAGACUGAGAAAUUGACUACCAUCCUCAGGUCUUUAUUUACCCUC